GGGGAGAGAAAGAGAGAGAGAGAGAGAGAGAGAGAGAGAGAGACAGAAGCACGGGUCCCCUGGUGAGUUCUUGAAGGUAGUUGUAAAGGACAUUGCUUUCACAGCUGAGGAGUUCCAUAUUUCUCUCACCGGUGGACGCUAGUCAUCCCCCACUCUGCCUCCGGCUGCCCACCACCCGUCGCCGGCCGCCCAAACCAGUGACCGAAGGAGAGCCCUGGUGGACUUCCUGCAGUAGUCCCAGAGUGUGUGUGUGUGUGUGUGUGUGUGUGUAGUCCCAGAGUGUGUGGGUGUGUGUAUGUGCGGUCAGCGGCAUGGCGGAAGCACAUCAGGCCGUGGGCUUCCAGUUCACCGUCACACCUGAUGGCAUCGACCUGCACCUGAGCCGAGAGGUGCUCCGACACAUCUACCUGUCCGGCGUCACCUCAUGGAGGAAGAGGGCCAUCAGGUUCAAGAAUGGCAUCCUGACGGGUGUUUACCCUGCCAGUCCGUCCAGCUGGUUGAUCAUGGUCAUCGCUGUCCUGAGCACCAUGUACGCCCGGGGCGACCCGUCUCUGGGAACGAUCGACUGGAUUAAAGAGGCCUUACCCGAGAGUGAUUACCUGACGGCCCAGACGCAGACGGUGGUGAGUGCGGUGGUGUUUGCCACGGGCCUGUGGCUGGUGCUGAUCAUGCUGCUACGGUACACCCUCAAGGCCCUGCUCUCACACCACGGCUGGAUCUUCGAGUGCCACGGCCGCAAGAGCUUCUCCACCAGAGUCUGGCUGAAUGUAGUGAGGAUACUUUCUGGUCGGAGGCCUUUGCUCUUCAGCUUCCAGGCUUCCCUUCCUAGACUGCCUGUACCCAGUGUGGACGAAACCAUCAGUAGGUAUUUAGAGUCAGUGCGCCCCCUGCUGGACGAUGAGCAGUAUAAGCAGAUGGAGACGGUGGCCAGCGAGUUCAAGAAGGGCCCGGCGCCCAAACUACAGAGAUACCUCAAGCUCAAGUCCUGGUGGGCCACUAACUAUGUCAGUGACUGGUGGGAGGAGUAUAUCUACUUGAGGGGGCGGAGCCCUAUCAUGGUCAACAGUAACUUUUAUCUGAUGGAUCUGAUGUACGUGACGCCCACUCACAGACAGGCAGCUCGAGCGGGGAACGUGAUCCACGCCAUGCUGCAGUACCGACGCAAGCUAGAACGUGGAGAACACGCACCGCUGAGGGCCUUGGGUGUUGUCCCCAUGUGCUCUUUUCAGUAUGAGAGAAUGUUCAACACCACGCGCAUCCCCGGCAUUGACACAGAUUUCGUGCAGCACCUGAGCGACCGUAAGCACCUGGUGGUGUACCACCGCGGGCGCUUCUACAAGGUGUGGCUGUACUACGGGGGCCGCCACCUGUGGCCCUCAGAGCUGGAGCUGCAGUUCCAGAGGAUCCUCAACGACCCCACGCCCCCUCAGCCCGGGGAACUCAAGCUGGCCGCGCUGACCGCCGGGGACAGAGUGCCGUGGGCUCGUGCCCGUCUGAUGUACUUCAGUGAGGGGGUGAAUAAGACGUCUCUGGAGGCCAUAGAGACGGGCGCCUUCUUCCUCACCCUUGAUGACGAGGCGCAUGGAUACGACCCCGAGAAGCUGAAGUCACUUGACCUCUACGCCAAGUCUCUGCUGCACGGGAAGUGCUACGACAGGUGGUUUGAUAAGUCCUUCUCUCUGAUUGCCUUUAAGAAUGGGAAGAUGGGUGUUAACGUGGAGCAUUCAUGGGCUGAUGCACCUAUAGCGGGUCACAUGUGGGAGUACGUCUUAUUCACAGACAGUUUCCAGCUGGGCUACACUCUGGAGGGCCACUGUAAAGGGGACGUCAACAAGGGCCUGGCCCCGCCCACCAGACUACAGUGGGACAUUCCCGUGGCAUGUCAGGAGAUCAUUGAGGGCUCGUACCACUUGGCCAAGGAGAUAGCUGAUGAUGUGGACUUCCAUGGCUACGUGUUUGAUGAGUUUGGCAAAGGCCUGAUCAAGAAGUGCAGGACCAGCCCGGACGCCUUCAUCCAGAUGGCCCUGCAGCUAGCACACUUCAGGGAUAAGGGAGAGUUCUGUCUGACGUACGAGUCCUCCAUGACGCGGAUGUUCCGUGAGGGUCGGACGGAAACGGUGCGCUCGUGCACCUCUGAGUCUACCGCGUUCGUCAGAGCCAUGGAGGACCUGAAGCAGAAGAAAGACGAAUGCCUGGCAUUGUUCCAGAAGGCGUCGGAAAAGCACCAGCAGAUGUACCGGUUGGCCAUGACGGGCUCGGGCAUCGACCGCCACCUCUUCUGCCUCUACAUCCUCUCCAAGCUGAUGGGCAUCGACUCACCUUUUCUCAAACAGGUGCUGUCGGAACCAUGGAGGCUCUCGACCAGUCAGACCCCCCAGCAGCAGAUCAACCUGAUGGACCUGCAGAAGUACCCCCGAUACGUGGGCCUGGGGGGGGGCUUCGGCCCGGUGGCAGAUGAUGGUUAUGGUGUGUCUUACAUCAUCGUUGGAGAAGAUAUCGUCACAUUCCAUAUCUCCAGCAAAUUUUCCAGCCCUGAGACGGACUCCUACCGUUUUGGCCAGAACAUCCGCCAGGCCAUGCUGGACAUCCGCUCACUCUUUGACCAGAAGAACCACACCAAGAUCGAGAAGGUGGUCAAGAAGACUCUGUAACCUGGACCACAGCAUCUCAGCAGAACCUUUCCACCAGAACCACACCAAGAUAGAGAAGGUGGUCAAGCGGACUCUGUAACCUGGACCACAGCCUCUCACCAGAACCUCUCCAGCAGCUUCACACACUCACUUUUAAAACAAGACAACAGAGCGUGGAUCUCCAGCCCUUAUUUCAGCUUCGCUUCAAGCUUCAAGUGUCUAAUGACGGACACCUGCGUAGACAAUAACUAAUAACUAUAUCAGCCGCACAGGUAGCAAUGCACUAACACACACACACACACACACACACACACACACACACACACACACACACACACACACACACACACACACACACACACACACACACACAGGUAGCAAUGCACUAAGGGAGAAUGAAAAGGCUCAGAGCUCUCUGCCUAUGAGUCUCAAAGGGAAAACAGAAUGAUCAUCCACUACACACACACACACACACACACACACACACACACACACACACACGCACACACACACGCACACACACACACGCACACACACCUGCUUUGAACAGGGCAGGAUCAGGCCUGCAGUCAGCUGCUUUUUGAGAUAGAGAAAUAAAUAAAUAAAUAAAUAAAUAGAUAAAAUAAAUGAAUGAAUAACUAAAUACAUAAAUAGAUAAAUGAAUAAAUAAACCAGUAAAUAAAUAAAUAAAUAAAUAAAUAGUGCCUCACAGCGCAGAGCUCUCCUGAGGGAAAGCAGCAUGCAGGAAGAGGCUGCGUCAGAAGUGGCCUUCUAAGCACACUGCACUUUUCAGUCUAGCAAGGAAGUGCGUAGAACAUGCUGAGGGAUAACAGUAAAGGAUAUGCUAGAUGUAGUCCACCUCUCUUAAGGUCGGAGGUUAAAGUAGGACAUGCUAGAUGUAGUCCACCUCUCUUAAGGUCGGAGGUUAAAGUAGGACAUGCUAGAUGUAGUCCACCUCUCUUAAGGUCGGAGGUUAAAGUAUACAGUAGGACAUGCUAGAUGUAGUCCACCUCUCUGAAGGUCGGAGGUUAAAGUAUACAGUAAAGGACAUGCUAGAUGUAGUCCACCUCUCUUAAGGUCGGAGGUUAAUGUAUACAGUAGAGGAUAUGCUAGAUGUAGUCCACCUCUCUUAAGGUCGGAGGUUAAAGCACUUUGAGCUGCAUUCUUUUGCAUUAAAAUGUGCUAUAUAAAUAAAGUUUUAUUAUUAUUAUUAUUAUUAAAGAACACAGUAGGACAUGCUAGAUGUAGUCCACCUCUCUGAAGGUCGGAGGCUGAAUUACUCGAGCUUGUAAAUGUGGAAUGAAAUGUGUAAGGGUGGAAUGUGGCCCCCUGGCAUACGUGUGUGUAUAUGUACAGUUGUAAAUACUCCGAGCUUUAGGCUUUGUACAGCAGAGAAGGAGUUAUGUAUCUAGGGGUAAUCUGUGUGUGUGUGUGUAUUUAUCAAUGGGUAAUCUAUGAGUGUGUGUGUGUAUUUAUCAAUGGGUAAUCUAUGAGUGUGUAUUUAUCAAUGGGUAAUUUGCGUGUGUGUGUAUUUAUCAAUGGGUAAUUUGCGUGUGUGUGUAUUUAUCAAUGGGUAAUCUAUGAGUGUGUAUUUAUUAGAUAAAGAUUGUGUGACCUGUU